AGCACAAACAGUCCGACCAUGUGACAAUGGGAGUGUCAGUUGUUCAUUCGCUGGGGGUGUAACAUGAUCACCACACGGCUCGUAUAAAAAUGAGUCUGGCUGGCAUGGGGGCCGGCACUGCACGGAUGGAGCGCCUGGUCCCUCUUGAGGUGAGAGGACAGAAGCGGACUUUCAGGGCUGCCUGAGACUGUGAAGAGAAGCCUCACCCAGCCUGCAAUGGGGAUCUGUUUAAGCCAGCAGCCAGGCGUGGAGAAUAUUGACGGGGACACUUCCCAGGCCCUCUUCUUCCACCCCGUCACCCAUGGCUCCCAGGUCCUCCUGGAGGAGUUCCACCAUGUGGCUGAGCGGGACAGCAGCUUCCAUGACGGCAUCGUCUUCACCAACCGGCCCAUCCAGCUCCACGAGAAGGUGACGCUGAAGAUCUUGAAGAAGGAGGCCCGUUGGCAUGGGGGACUGAGGGUGGGCUUCACCUCCAUGGACCCCUCCAAGAUGGACCCUGGUCACCUCCCUCCAUUUGUGUGCCCCCACCUGGUCAUGCAGGGGAAGACCUGGGCUGCAGUCCUGCCAGACCAGUGCAUAGAGGAAGGCACCAUCCUCAUGUUCUGGGUGGACCACAGAGGCAGAGUUUUCUUCCGCAGCCAGCAAGAGGCCCGGAAUUUGCCCCUGCUGACCGGCGUCCCCGUGAGAGGCCGUCUCUGGGCCGUCAUUGAUGUCUAUGGACAGACCAAGGCAAUCCAGCUUCUGGAUCCCACAAGGCUCCGUGGAGGCAUCUGUGAUCCCGCCCCAGCCCCCAGGCCGUCGUAUCCUGCCAAGCCUCAUGCGCCGGCGUGCAGAGAUUACAGCUCUCUCCUGGGAGGCGACGUGGAGGAGUGCGUCAUUUGCUGCUCACACGAGGCCAACGCUCUGUUGCAGCCCUGCGGCCACGCCACUCUCUGCCACUGUUGUGCCCAGGAGGUGUUCCACAACAACCAGCCUUGCCCCUUCUGUCGGGAGCAGAUACAGGACAUCGUCCAGGUCAUCCCGGGAGCUCCAGCUCCUGUCACAUGUCUGCCUGUUGGGAACCAACUGUGGCCAGGAGGAUAGAUGGAAGCGGGGGUGGGGGAGUUUCUGCAACCUGCCCUAGUGAAGAGUAGAGCUCCUCCCCCCAGCACAACCCUGCUGCUGGCUCCCAUUGCUGUGGGGGCCUUGGCCAUGUCUUCUCCGCCCCCCUCACUCUCUGCACCUUGCACGGGUGAUGAUUCUCCAAUACUCUCCCUGGCCAGGCUGUUCAUAACACAAGCAAUUCGCCCAGAGCAGGGGAGCCGGGAGCAGCCCCCUUGACGAGGGCCUCAACCCAGAGGAAACAAGGAAGGGAGGCAGGGGCCCACGGGGAAUUUUCAUGGGAGCCAGAAUUAGUGCGCCCAGUUCAUCUCUUGCCCGUGUAAAUAGCACUGCUGCCUGUACUAACGGCAGCCCCAGCAGCAUUCGCCCGUGUCUGGAGAGAGGAGCUCUGGCUAACGCUGAACUAUGUAAAUAGGCUGAAAUGUGUGUAAAUGUAACAGGGUCUCAGUCCCUCCCGGCAGUGUGUAACUAGCUCCGUUGUGCAGCUUGGUGUGUCUCACACACCCGUGCACUCAGCACCUCCCCCAAUGAACUCGGCCUGCCUGCCGGGAGUGUCACAGCCAAGUGGGCGGCUUUCGCUUACCCAGGAAUUUGGGGCCAGGCCAGAUGCUGAGACCACGGGAGUCAAUGGGAGCCUUUCGCUGUGUGCUGAGUGGCUUUCGAUGAAGCCCCGAAUGACGGAGGCUCAGCGAGUGUCACUGAGAUGGGCCUCGUCGGGGCAGACGGAUCCAGGGCCAGACGGGGGCCUCCAGUCCCAGGGACAGCAGCUUUUCUUAACGCAAGGGAAUUCCUCCUGCCAGACCACAGGGACCUGAGCACCCUGGGGGAGUGGAAAAUACCGGGACUUUCCUGCUGCUUUGGGGAGGGGAAUUCCAAUGGAGCCAGCCCGCCCCACACUGGGCACUCAUGUGACCCGCACCCAGGGGGAUGUGGACCUUUUCUUUACAGUCGCCUUGGUGACAAACUGUCACACAAAUGUCACUCAGUUGGGCCUGAUCCUGGGUCCUAUGCCAACCUCUGCCACUGGCCUGCUGGGUGACCUUGAGCAAGUCCCUGCGCCUCACCGUGCCUCAGUUUCCCCAUCCGUAAAACAGGAGUAAGAACCCUUUUGUAAAGUGCUUUGAGAUCUAUGCUUGAGAAGUGCUGUCUGAGAGCUGGGUAUUGUUUACUGUUGGCUUUGGAUCAGGCACCAGCAUUUGGGAUUAAAUGUAAGACAAUAUGUAAAGCCCCUGGGCCAGAGUCUGAUCCCAGUUACACCAGGGUAGAUCCAGAGUGAAGACAACACCCCAUGCACAGCAUGCCCCGACCACUAGGCCUUACCAUCAUGAGCUGGGCGGUGUGUUUCGGUGACUCCUUUGAAAAAUCUCACGCCUUAAUCUUUAAAACCACCCGCAUGCCGAUGGGGAGAGGGGUGUGUCGUUCGCGUCCAUAUGGACACGCUGCCAAAGGCUUGUCCGUUACUGUUAAUAAACUAUAUUUCUUAUG